AUAUAUAUAUAUCAAAGAGAUAUAGUCCUGGACAGUAACAAUACCGUCCCAAAUUAUUUCAAUUCAACCUCCUCACUCAUCCUCCUGCAAUCAAACACCAUGGAUCUGCGCUGGUCCCUUCUUGGCCUAGCGGCCUUUGCUUUAUUUGUGAAAAUUACUAGGUCCAAGGAUCGACCGGCAUCACCAAACAACAAGAACAACGUGGAUCUGAGCAAACCUCAAGUCGGAGCCUCUUCGUCUUCGUCUUCCUCCUCUUCUUCCACCCAUUCGUUCACACACGAUGUCUUUCUGAGCUUCAGAGGUCCGGAUACGCGCAACAAUUUCACUGGCCAUUUGUACCGCAAUUUGGUUCAGGAGGGAAUUAACACCUUCAUUGAUAAUGACCUUACAAGAGGAGAAGAUAUAACAAAGGAGCUUCUCGAUGUAAUUGAAGCAUCAAGGAUUUCCAUUGUUGUAUUUUCUGCCAACUAUGCGUCUUCCAAGUGCUGCUUGGAUGAACUUGUCAAGAUCUUUCAAUGUAAAGAAUCCAAGCAACAAAUUGUUUACCCAAUUUUCUACAAGAUAGAUCCGUCGGAGACACGGUACCAGAAGGGCCAGGUUGGUGAAGCAAUUGCUCACCUUAGCAAAUACAAGGGUAACUCAGAGAAGGUGGAGAGUUGGAAGGCAGCUCUUCAACAAGUAGCCAGUUUGUAUGGGUGGCAAAUCAAGGAUGGAGGGCAUGAAGCGAAUGUCAUUGAUGAAAUUGUUAAAGAGAUAUCAACCAAAAUAAUGAAAUGCACCCCUUUAAAUGUGGCAAAAUAUCCUGUUGGAAUAGAAUCUCGUGUAGAUGACAUAUGUAAGCAGUACUUAAAUGUAGGGCAAGACAAUCCUCACAUGGUAGGGAUAUGGGGAAUUGGCGGAAUAGGAAAGUCAACACUUGCAAAAGCUGUUUUCAAUUCAAUUAGCCAUGAGUUUGAACAUAGCUGUUUCUUGAGAAAUGUUAGAGAAGAAUCAUUUUCAUAUGGAGGUCUUGUCAAGCUACAAAACAUUUUUCUUUCUAAGAUUAUAGAGAGGAAUCCACCUAAGGUGAACAAUGUUGAUGAAGGAAUCACUGUGCUAGAGCAAAAACUAAGCCAGAAAAAGGUUCUCUUAGUUCUUGAUGAUGUGAACCACUUGGAUCAGCUAAGAGCACUUGCCGGAGGGUGUGAUUGGUUUGGCCAAAGAAGUAGAAUUAUCAUAACAACAAGGGAUAUAAAUUUGCUAAGUGCUCAUACAGUCAAUUAUUCAAUAUAUGAGGUCAAGGAAUUAAAUCAUCAAGAAGCUUUGGAGCUCUUCAAUCUCAAUGCCUUCAAAGGAAAUAAAUGUAUGGAUGAUUUCUUUGAACUUGCAACUAAUGUAAUACGUUAUGCUAAAGGGAUUCCGUUAGUUUUGGAAGUUUUGGGGUCAGAUCUAUGCAGUAAAGAUAAGGAUGAGUGGAAAGAUGCAUUAGAGUAUUACAACAAAUAUCCUAACCAAGAUGUUCAGCAAACUCUCAAAAGAAGUUACGAGGGAUUGGAGGAUCGGAUGAAAGAAGUUUUUCUGCAUAUUGUAUGUUUCUUUAAAGGUUAUAAAGAAGGUUCUGUGAUCCAUGUACUACAAAGAUGUGACCUGAAUCCCAAGUAUGCUCUCAGAGUCCUCGUAGAAAAGGCCUUAAUAAAAAUUGAGAAAAACAAUAGCAUUUGGAUGCAUGACCUUUUAGAAGACAUGGGAAAAGAAAUUGUUCGGCAGGAGUCCCGUGAUGAGAUAGGACAACGCAGUAGAUUGUGGCUAUAUGAGGAUGUUCUCGAAGUUCUUGAGGAAAACAUAGGAACGGAUAAAAUUAAAGCCAUCGUGUUGAGAAGAGAAGAGAUGUAUAGAGGAGACAUAAAGUUGAAUCGCGGAAGCUUCACAAACUUGAAAAAUCUUCAAAUUUUUAUAGCCGAUUCCAAUGAUGAUCAUAAUAAGAUACUUUGUGGAGAGGGCGUGGAUUAUUUCCCCAACAAGUUGAGGGUCCUUCACUUAAAUGGUUUCUCGUACAUGGGUGGGCCCUGCACGAAUUCACUAGGCGAGGGAUUGAAGAAUAUGCGGUAUUUGAAAUAUAUCAAAUUGUGGGACUGUUAUGGUUUAACAAGAAUUCCCGACUUAUCUGGAUUAACAAACUUAGAGUAUUUGUAUCUGUCUGAUUGGCAUGAUCUAGUUGAAGUUCAUCCUUCGGUUGGCCGUCUCGAUAAGCUCGUCGUUUUGAAACUCGUCUGUUGUUUUAAGCUGCAUAUGUUUCAAGAGAGGAUCAACAUGAAAUCUUUGGAAACUCUGAGUCUCCAUUGGAACUCGCUCAAGUUCUUCCCUGAAAUUGAGGGAGACAUGAAAUCUUUGAAUCGCCUGGAUCUAAGUGAGACUGACAUCAAAGAGUUACCUUGCUCAGUCGGAAAUCUCACUGGCCUUAAAUCCUUGUCUCUAUAUAGGUGUCAUAAUCUUACAAAUGUACCAUCGAGCAUUUUCUAUGGACUGCAAUGUCUGGAGGAUCUUGAUCUACGGGAAUGCAAUAACCUUGUUACAUUUCCAACAGAGUCAGAAUCACGUCCUCCGCCGGUCUUUUCAACUAAUCUCACUUCCAGAUUACAAGUUCAUCUGAACGGUUGCAAGCGGCUUGAAGAAAUUUCAGAAUUUCCAUGAGAAAUAGAUUUCUUAUCUGUGUGGGGUUGUGAGUCGUUGGAAAGAAUUUCAAAGUUGUCAAAAAUUUUGGGGGGUAAAGAUUCAAAAAUGUUCGGUGAGUUGGAAUUGAUACGCUGCAAGAGACUCUGCGACAAUCUGGCUCGUGGAGUAGUAUCAGAGGUUGAAGUUGACAAGCGACUAUUUCAUCUGGCCAAGAAGAGAAACAAGAUGACAGAGGAAUCGAUGGGAGAGGCAGACAAAUUGACUGCUCUGCUGACUCUUUUUUUCUCUUGUGCGAAAUCUGAAGAAUUCCUAGUAGAAUUUCCCGCAAGUGCUCCGAUUCCAAACUGGUUCACCUGCCGUCAGGAUGUGAAUUGGGAUGUGAAGUGGUUGAUAAAUAAAGAGCAUGAGUUUUGCAUUGAAAUUCCUCAAAACUCCAAUUGGGACAACGAAGGGUUGGCUCUCUGUAUUCAAUUGAGUUCUCUUCAGGCCACUCUUUUUGUUUACAUCAAUGGAAUAAAGUUUGAUAAGAAAUCCGUGUGUGAAGAUGUGUUGGUGCAUUACAUUCCAUUCGUUACAGUAAUAAGGAGGUUGAGUGAGUGUGGGAUGCCACCACCUGAUAUGUUUCGAGUUAUGUUUCGUACUGAAAAUAUCAGUGUUUACAUGGGAAAGCCUUUGUGGGGAAGCUGGGGAGUCCACCUGAUCGAAGAUUUGGAAGGAGAAGGCCGAUGAUAGUCCAGCUGACUUCCAAAACGCAUUCUGUUGUCCAGGUAUAUGCUGAUUCUGCUGCCACUGAGGAUGACGUUGACACACCCAAGAACUAGUCUAGGUUGAACGCUAAAACUUUUCUGAAUUUCCUCGACUUACUUCGUUCAGGAGUUCAAUCUAGAGGAAAUGAUUGAGUGAGUCUUUGGAAUCAAACCUGUAGAGCAUGAUCAGUGGACUUGAUAAGACCUACACCGAGGGUCUAUAUGUCUGAAUUCCUUGUCUGUUCCAGAGCAGUAAAGACGCACACAUUGAUCAAUGUUCCAAAAACAAAAGGAGAGGUGGUACAGAUUUUAAUGGCCCAGCAAGUGUGGGAUGAUAUGCUCAACUUGAGGAAGGAAUUUGUCUGUUCAACUAUGACAGACUGAUCUAAUCAGUGGGAUGCCAAACUGAUCAAGAUUUAAUUAGUUUAGUACUGGGUUCUACUCUACACUCAUUUUUGCAACUCUUGAUAUUUGGAAAGGUGAAAAUCAGCAAUGUUGUCCUCUAAAGGCAAGCUAAGAUGAAUCUAGAGGACUGGUGGAGACAAUAAUGAGUCACUGAGUUUAGGUGCUGUCUCCUAAUUACAUGCACGCAAUGAUCUAUGUAGAAUGCAUUGUAAAGGUUGGUCUUGUGGGAUUUGAACUUUGAAGGUGCUGUCUCCUAAUUACACGCGUGCAAUAAUCUAUGUAGAAUGCAUUGUAAAGUGCUUUCAAGAAGAUUUUGGAUUCUUGGUAGCAGCCUUGCAUGGUGUAUUGCAUCCCUACUUUUUCGGUCAGUUCUCAGCAUUACCAGAAGCAGUCUGGAAAUGGCAACAUGGAUUCUGCAUUGUACAUCUGCAUACCAAUGCAAUCAUUUUGAUUUUGCACAGCUCAUGUCUUAGAGAGAUCAUGAUCCUACCUCUGCAGUAGGAAUACAAAACCCACACGACUACUUUAAAUACUCAAGUAGCCCAAACCUCCAACACAAAUUGUCCCAACGGGUGCAAGGUUAACGUUGACAGAGUACUGCAGCUCUGUCUCUGGAAGAAUUGGUGCAGGAGAAUAUUAUGAAGGAUUUUAGCAACUGGAUCAAAUUAAGGUUUUUCUGUAAGCAUUGCUCUUGGUACAAUCAUGAAAGCUGAAGUCUGGGGUUUGUUCAAGGGUCUUCUUAUUCCAGCUUAGUUAAUCUGCAAAGAGCCUAUUCUGUGACACUGGCUGGGACAACUCAAUGACUUAUCUAGCUACAAGGAAGUUAAUGAAACGGCAGAUAACUUGCCAAGCUCGAUUGCAUGAACUUUUUUGAUAUGGGAAACUGAUUCCUUUCCCUUCAAAUUUUUGGUUGUAGCUAUUUUUGUUGUAUAUCUGGGGAAAAUGUUGAGCAGGAAUUGCCACUUUGGUAGUCAAGGGCAACUGAAACACGAAUUACAGUUACAUGGACUGCAGCAUGAAUCCUUGCAUAAACCACAGCAUUUACCGCUGCAUAAACCGCAGCAGGAGCAGCGUGGCAUUUCUAGGUGAAGAGAGCACCCAUCACAACAGCAGCAACAGCAAAUCGAUGACAAACAAAAACAGGCAUUCCACUGUACCACAAACAAUCUUAUGUCAUAUUAGGAAGUUUGGGCAUUAUGUCUAAUUGAUUGAUAUUGCAUUACAGAGGGAAAAGAAGAGGACAAAGAUACUGCUAAUCAAAUGUGAAGGUUAACUUGUUAUUUUAGGAACCAAGCACAAAAUGUAAUUCAAAUGCUUCAUGAUCUUUUAGCACAACAUAUUUUACAUUUCCUGGGAAGUUGUUCUCAGUUCAAUAGUGCUAACAAUUUCUUUGUUUGAA